GUAAUGAUGUUAAAGAGUAUGAGAGAGUUUGACCAUGAUGCUGUUCAGGACGUUGUGUGUGGUGUUUCUAUUCCUUGCCAAAGGGUGCCACUCACAGCUGAAUGUCUGUGGCCAGGCUACUCUGAACACCAGGAUAGUAGGAGGACAGAAUGCUAUUGAGGGGUCUUGGCCUUGGCAAGUCAGCCUGCAACGACAAGGAAGUCAUUUCUGUGGUGGAUCCCUCAUCAAUGAUCGCUGGAUCCUCUCGGCAGCUCACUGCAUUGGAAGUAAAACAGCUUCCCAAAUGCUUGCGAAACUGGGGAUGCAUACUCUGUCUGGAAGCAACCCUAAUAUUGUGACAAAGUCCAUCAAUUUAAUCAUCAUUCAUCCAAACUACAAUAAUCAAACAUCUGACAAUGACAUCUGUCUACUGGAGCUGUCUACUGCUGUAACGUUCAAUGAUUAUAUCAGUCCUGCCUGCCUGGCUGCAACAGGAAGCAGUGUUUUCAAUGGCACCAUGUCAUGGGUCACUGGCUGGGGAACAACCAGCUUUCAAGGAAGUCAACCCUCUUCUGGGAUAUUACAGGAAGUUGAAGUCCCAAUUAUUGGAAACAGACAGUGUAACUGUCUUAAUGGAGUUGGCAGUAUCACCAGCAAUAUGUUGUGUGCUGGGGCCUUGGAAGGGGGCAAGGACUCAUGUCAGGGUGACUCUGGAGGUCCACUGGUCAUCAAAAAGGACUCUAAGUGGAUCCAGGUUGGCAUUGUGAGUUUUGGUUUUGAAUGCGCUCGCCCAAAUUCCCCUGGUGUGUAUACAAAAGUUUCUCAGUAUCAGGAUUGGAUCGAUCAAAAAAUCACCACAAACCAGCCAGGCUUCAUCCAAGUUACAUCCAGUGGCACUAAUAGCGAUUUGCAGGUGUCCUGCAAUGGCCUGCCGCCUGUUACCACAAUCACACCUACUACUGUCGCACCUGUGGUGUGUGGCAGGGCUACGCUCAAUACUCCUUCAGGAGCAAGCAGCCCUUUGGCGUCAGCAGGUGCGUGGCCAUGGAUAGCCAGCCUGCACCGUAAUGGUACUCACGUUUGUGGUGGAACACUGAUAGCUGAGCAGUUUGUCAUGAGCUCAGCUGAUUGCUUCUCUAGCUCAACCAAUUCCUCUGACUGGACUGUGAAACUGGGUCAGCUCAAUCAGAACGGCUCCAACCCCAACGAGGUGUCUGUCACUGUGGCUAAUAUCACAUUCAGCAAAAAUAGCAGCAAUAACAUAGCAGUGCUGAAACUGUCUACCGCGCCAACACUUUCCAACUUCAUCCAGCCCAUAUGCGUAGACCUGGGGAAUACCAACUUCGCCACUGGUACUCAGUGCUGGGCAGCUGGCUGGGGCUCAGGAGGAGGAGCUCAACAAACACUUCAGCAGUUCAACACUACUAUAGUGAACUGUGGAAAUGCAUCUUCACCAAACAGCAUCUGUACAGAAGCCAUUCCUUUAGAGCAGACUCAAACAGGAGGUCCUCUAAUGUGUAAGAUUGGGACAUCAUGGAUCCAGGGUGCAACUUUAACCCUCACCAGCAACAGCUCAAACAGCACCACUGGAUCCAACAACAGCACAAACAGCACAACUGGAUCCAACAACAGCUCAGACAAUACCACUAAUUCUACCAACAGCUCCAACAGCUCCAAUAAUUCUACCAACAGCUCCAAUCAUUCUACCAACAGCUCCAACAGCUCCAAUAAUUCUACCAACAGCUCCAACAGCUCCAAUAAUUCUACCAACAGCUCCAAUAAUUCUACCAACAGCGCCAACAGCUCCAGUAAUUCUACCAACAGCUCCAAUAAGUCUACCAGCAGCUCCAACAGCACCAAUAAUUCUACCAGCAGCUUAAAAAGAACCCGUCGCUCCACUGAAAGCUUGUCUGAUGUGUCAUCUCGUAACACAAUACAGGUCUUCACUAAGACAUCCAGCUUCAAAAGUUUCUUGGAAUCUGUAGUGGGUUCUUUCCCUUCACAAGCCAGCAGCACAGAUUCGCCUUCCACAACUUCAGGCUACAAACCUUUGCAAUCCCUUUCAGUUGCCUCAGUCUUUCUACUGUCCCUUCUUGCCAUCAUCCAAAUCUUUGGUUUAGAAUAAGCACCCCUAAUAACGUGAUAUAUUUAAUCAGGAAAAAUUAAAUUAAGCUAACGGAUAAAAUAUACUAUAUCUCUAUUGAUUCAUCUUUCAUGUUUACCGAGAAAACUCUGAAUGUAAGGAGCAAUAUUGCAGACUUCCUAUUUUAAAGCGAAAAUUCUUACACUGAUUUUCAUCUCAUCUCAUUAUCUCUAGCUGCUUUAUCCUGUUCUACAGGGUCGCAGGCAAGCUGGAGCCUAUCCCAGCUGACUACGGGCGCAAGGCGGGGUACACCCUGGACAAGUCACCAGGUCAUCACAGGGCAGACACAUAGACACAGACAAUCAUUCACACCUAUGGUCAAUUUAGAGUCACCAGUUAACCUAACCUGCAUGUCUUUGGACUGUGGGGGAAACCGGAGCACCCGGAGGAAACCCACGCGGACACGGGGAGAACAUGCAAACUCCGCACAGAAAGGCCCUCGCCGGCCACGGGGCUCAAACCCAGACCUUCUUGCUGUGAGGCGACAGCGCUAACCACUACACCACCGUGCUGCCAGUACACUGAUCUUUUUUUUUCAUAAAUCUUUUUUGCACUUUUUACCUGCCUGGUUUGAUGCAGCAAGCUCAGUGCAGGGGUUUCCGUUCUAGUUCUGUUACAGCUAAAUCAUAUCAGUAGAUAAAUAUCCCAUUCUUCAUGACUUUCUUGUUACAAAUGCCAACAUAUAAGUUUUGGAUAUGUAAGCUGAAUUCUAUAUAAAACAGGCCAGUAUGAGGCUUCCAAAGAGUGAGCCUUAUUGUCGCAAGUUAAAAUCUUUAACCAAUCAUAGACAGAGUUCAAGAUCAAGAUAAGAAAAAAACAAAGACGAGGCAAUCAUAGGCAUCUAUAUGUUCAUAUACAGUUGUAUAUGGAAUAAAAUAGUUAAUGCUCUACUCUGAGUACAUUUAGCUUUCCUACGCUGAGAAAAACUUUGCUUGAGAAUAAAAUACCAGAGGCUAGGCAUUGAAAAGCUGUGAUUUCAGUGCCAUCAAGCUGCCAUGGUUGAGUCACUGAGCAAGACCUUAACCCUCAACUGUUCAGCUGUAUCCUGCCUCAGCUGGAAGUCACUUUGAAUAAAAGUGUCAGGCAAGUGUAGCAGAUUACUUUUAAUCUAAACUUUACCGUAUAUGACUGGAAACUUACACUGAUGAACUAUAAAAGGUAGUCUAAAGUUGUAACUUGUAAAAUCACAGUACUUUAUGGAAAAUGUUUUACAAUUAUUUACUGUGAAAAUGAUAGCACUUUAAACACUGUCUGGUAAAUGACUCAAUAGGUUACAGGCUUUUUUUUUUUUAGUGAUAUGAUGUCAUGUGAUGGAUGUCAUGUGAAAGGCAGCGAUUAAACUGGGAGAAAUAUCUGCCAUAAUUUAAAAUAAAUAAAUCAUGAAAAAAACUCAACGAGGCAGCUUUUAAAAUUUAACUGAUUCAGAAUAAUAUAUAUAUAUAUAUAUAUAUAUAUAUAUAUAUAUAUAUAUAUAUAUAUAUAUAUAUUUUUUUUUUUUUUUACUUUCAUACAGUAUGUCCCAUAAUUAGGGGACAUUUAUUCAGCUAAAUUAAAGAUGGAACUGUAUAAGGUGAGAAUCCUAAGAACAGAAUCCUUCUGCUUUGCACGAGACAGCUAAAAAUUGUAUCAAAUGAUACGAAGAUGAAGCUACAAGCAUGAUCAUUCUCCGAAAAGGUUCAUUAAUAUGAAAUAUCCAUAUUGCAAAAUCAGUAAUAAACUGGGCUAAAAGAUUUUUAAGGUCAGGUUGAUAUUUUUUUCCAGUAAUUCCUACCAAAUGAACUUUGCUCAUAUUUUAGGAGCAACAUUAUUUUUAUGUUUAUUAUUUUUUUAGUAGUGAAAUUACACCUUGUACAGGCUGAGUGUAUGCUGAAUGUACCGAUGAAACUGUACAGUCUUGUAUUUUGCUACAUAGCUGUUUAAUUGUAUUGUAAUUACUUUGGGAAAUUAAAUGCCAUUGCAUUUAAAAAAUG